UCGCCCAUCGGUUGAAAUCUGCAUAAAAGUUGUGGAAUGAACUGGGAUCUGUGCUGGCUGCCUCUUCCUUGCGUCCUUCCUCGCUGCGUUACCCGUUCUUUUCGAUGAUUCGAACUCAUGCAUGAUUUGAAUCACUGAAUCACACUCUACAAUUCCGUGCCUCAUAAAAUGUUGAAAAUUUUCAUGAGUUGGACUAGUAGUGAGACGACUUUCCAAGAGGAACGACCAAUCUGAGACGUGCGCGCCAUCUCUCGAAAGAAUAGUGUACAUACGUUACGCGUCGACCUAGAAAAGAAUAUUGUGUUAUUUCCACUUCUAUACAGUUUUAUUGUGUACAUAUUUUUGCAAUUUGCUGAUUUUAAUGUUCAUACGAAAAGUAGACACAUUCACACGAUGAUGGAUAACUCUUUUUGAAAAACGAGUGAGCGGAGAAGCUGGUGCAGCGGCAAGGAAACAGUGUGACAUGAAGUCAUUGCAAAUGUGAUGACUUUUCCUUACGAAUUUUCUUCCAUGAAUACGGAUAUCCAAUAGUCCGUUUUUCUAUUCUUCAAAAUGCAUAGAAGAAGGACGGUGUGUGUUUCGACGUAAUUAUCUGUAGCUAACGUCGUUCGCACACAAAAUGAGCAAUAAAACACGAAAAUAUAAAGAAAAAGUAAAUCGAAAUAUAUAGAAGCACGACAUUGAAAAAAUUACAAAAUCAAGCAAGUGGGAGCUUAAUCUUUAGUUUUUAAUAAAAUAAAAGAAAAAAGUUAAAUUUAAAUGAAAGAAAUACAAGUUAAAGUAAAAGCAUUACGAAAUAAAAUAAAGCUUAAAGUGAAGCAUAAAAGCAUUUGGACUGGGUGACAGCCAACUGGAGAAACAUCAUCAAUUGCCCUACAAUGCAACAACAGCCCCAAACUCUACAACAGCAACAGCAACUUCAGCAGCAACAACAACAGCAGCAACUAUUGCAGCAACAAACCCAACAAGGACUACAACAACAACAAAAUGGCUCGAUAGCAACAGGCCAAGCGCCUUCGCUGCCGAAUUCACCAUCAAGCGCAUAUGGAGCGAAUGUAGCGAAAAAGGCUCAAAUAAAUGGCGGUCGAUUUGAUUUUGACGACGGUGGAACGUAUUGUGGAGGUUGGGAGGAGGGGAAAGCACAUGGCUACGGUGUUUGCACGGGACCAAAACAUCAAGGAGCCUACGCUGGCACAUGGAACUAUGGUUUCGAAGUCUCCGGUGUUUAUAUUUGGCCAAGUGGAUCGACGUUUGAAGGACAAUGGCAAAAUGGACGGCGGCAUGGGGUUGGUGUUGAGCAUCGAGGACGACUCAUUUAUCGCGGCGAAUGGACGGCCGGCAAUAAAGGACGUUAUGGUGUUCGCCAAAGUACCACAUCAAAUGCACGAUAUGAAGGCACUUGGGCAAAUGGUUUACAAGAUGGAUACGGCUCUGAAACAUAUGCUGAUGGUGGGUAUUAUCAAGGACAAUGGCAAGACGGUAAACGGAAUGGUUAUGGUGUCCGAACAUCCGCACCAUUUGGGCUUGCAUCACACUAUCGAUCUAAGAAUGUCCAUUCGUCGAUGAGCUCACUUCGUAGUAAUGAAAACGAAGGUGCGGACAAACACAGAGGCGAAGAUGUUCGCGGUGGAUUUGUUUUGAAGGCACGUUCCGACGAGCCACCACUAAGACGAAAUAGUUUAGGCGAAAAAUCCAAAAAAGGCUUCUUAUCGAAAAUCCGAAAACAAAGAAGCACCGGUGACCUAGAGAAGCGCGGGACAGGAGCGUCCGGGAGUAUUCGAUCAACAGUUUCCACAGCAUCAUGGAUAAGUACAGGGUCUUCGCAAUCUGGAAUCACAACAAAGUCCGUUCACACAGACUCGAAUGCCAGUUUUACAGUGGAAGAAGAGCAACUAGAUCCUACUGUCGUGGAAACAUAUAUGGGAGAAUGGAAACACGAUAAAAGAACUGGUUAUGGCAUUUCAGAACGUAGUGAUGGACUUAAAUACGAGGGUGAAUGGUGUAACAACAAAAAGCACGGAUAUGGAAUAACAACUUUCCGUGAUGGAACACAAGAGGAAGGAAAAUACAAAAAUAAUGUUUUAAUAACAAGCCAAAAAAAGAAGCAUUUGUUUUUAAUACGAUCACGAAAGUUUCGGGAACGGAUUGAGGCAGCAGUAAGUUCAGCCCAACGAGCCUCUAAAUAUGCUCUUCAAAAAGCAGAUAUUGCUGUAUCACGUACUCAAUCUGCACGCGAGAAAGCUCAAUAUGCUGACACAGCUGCCGAACAUGCACGAAUCGAUUGUGAAAUGGCUGUGCAAACUGCUCGAGAAUUCGCACCAGAUUUCAAACCAUCGGUGUUAGAACGAUUUGAAAGGUUAAGGUUCCGAGAACGUUAUCGUAUCCCCCCACCCGAUGUAGAUCAAAAAAUUAAAUCAAGUGGCACUUCCGCAACAAAUAGUCCUAGUAAUCAACCAGCUACUACAAAUAAGCUAGAAUCAAAUAUGCAAAUGCAGUCACAGUCAGAUGCAUUUCAACAGCAGCAGCAAAACCAAUUGCCUACACAAAACGUGACGAUAAACCGACGACCAUCGAUUCAUCCGAUGACAAAGCAACAAGCUGUCGAUUAUUCUCAAGUUCCGAACCAACAAGCAAGUAGUAUGCCAAUAUACUCGCAAAUAUCUCCGCAAUCCGACUUGUCGCAACAUGUUAGCCAACAGGAAUCAAUGCAUCAAUCAAUAUCGCAAUCAACACAUAAUCAACCAAAUAAUCCCUCUUAUCAAUUCCAACAACAGCAACCGCCAGGCAUGGGGCCUAUGGGAAAUUAUACAGGUCCACAAAAUGUACCAGGCCAGCAACACGAUUUAUAUGGAGGUGGUAAUAUGAACAGUGGUAAUAAUCCGGGCAUGCAGCAGUAUUCACCACCGCAGCAGCAACCGUACGGACUACAACAACAGCCAUAUGGUCAACAACAACAACAACAAUUCAAUCAAUUCCAGCAAUCGCAAAUGAAUCCUAGCGGUAACCAGAAUCCCCAACCGCUCCCUCAGACGCAACAGAACUAUUAUUCCGGGUACAACUCGAAUCCUUCCGAUUUGCAACAGCAACAACAGCCUUAUAUGCUGCAAAACCAGCCGAUUGGCUCAAAUCCUUCCAGUGGCGGGGCAGCAAUUCGACGAAACUCGCGUCCUUUAAACGAAUCGUCGCGACCCAUGUUAGGAUCCUAUAACCAAACAUCUAUAGACUAUUUUGAUCACUACAAACGACCAUCAAGCAGAGAUCCUUCCGUUGAUCGAUAUACACGUGCAGCAAGCCGAAUGAGUGGCGGAGGUGGAGGAUCGAGUUCACGACAACCAUCAGUCGAUCGUACCGCUCCAACGCCAACAUCACCAACGGUGGGUAAUCCUGUAAAAAUGUCUGAUACACCCGAACGCAAGCGAUCUGGUUCGGUGUUUCGAGGACAAACUCCAGCUCCAACAACUACAACUGGUAAUGGUACUGUUUUAACUGGUGUGGGGUCUAAUCUCGGGUCUCGAGGGGGUACACCUAUGAUGAAAAUGAAUUCAUCUAAUAUGCAAGCGCUCUACUCGUCUGCAAAUCAGCCAUUUGAAGAUGUACUGCUACGGCAACGUACUUUAGGACAAGAUAUUAUACCGUCACCACUACAGCCUAAACGAACUGAAAGUCUUUUCAUCCCGGCGAAGCCAGCAGCACCGAAAGGUGGAGCCGCGGGAGGAGGAGGCGGAAAGAAAUUGAAGAGUGUCCCGAUAACUGUUACACUUCAAAGGAAAAAGUCACUACCUGACGUUCAAGAUUUACCGCGUGCGACGGGAGCGAUGAGUCGCGAAGAAGUAUCUGCUUUAGGUUCAGCCCGACGGGAAGAAAUCCGCCGACAAAUCGAAAAUAGCGAAAGACUCAAAGCGAAUCCACUACUGUAUUUAGUCAGUCCACAAGUCAAGGAUUGGUUCUCGCGCCAGCAAUUGGUGCUGCUGGUGCUUGCUAUGAACGUAGUUUUGGCGAUAUUGUUCUUCAAGAUGUUAACAUAGCGUCGACUGAAUUUUUGUAAGCUGCUUAUCUCCAGUUUUCUGAUAGCUUUAACAACGGGAUAGCACUACAACGGGGGACCCACAGCGAGACAGUUUUAUUUGAAAAACAAUUGGAUACCUUCGUGAAAUUGGCAUUUCGAAGCAUAAUACGACUGAAAAAAAUCACUUUGAAUCAAAAGAAUUUGUAAAAAUAAAAUUUGUAAUUUUUGUAAUAUGGAUCAUUGGAAUGGAAAUUUCAGAGGGCAUGACGCCCACCACAUUUCUGGUAAAGAAUAUGGAAGCAAAGUUUCGAUAGCAAGAUGGUGUUAAGGAAGACUAAAAAUUGUAUUUACUGUGUAAUAUUUUGGACAAUUCACUCGAAGUAAUUUCUAAUAGAAUGAGAAACAUGCAUAUAUGUAUUACAAUUUUGGAUAUCGUUUUUAUAGAUAAGAAUGCUAACUUCGACAUUUUGGAAAACUGUAAGAGGCAAAAGCACAAAAAAUUGGACGAAAAGCACAAAUUGGAAAAAGUCCUUUGUAUGUUUAGGGAAAAAUAAUGUCUCUGAAAAUCGUGAUUUAUAUAAGCUAAUAAAAUUUAUUAGUAAUGAAUAAAAAUAAAUCUCUGCACAUUGUUUUUUCCAAAGAAAAUGCAAAUAUGAUGCAGAGCAUUUAGCUUUAAAAGAAUUUAAGUUACAAGAGUAAUGAAGAGAUAAACUAAAUUAAAUGAACUUAAAGUAAUCAAAGAUAAGCUAAAAGCACGUACACCUACAUAAAUAGUUUUCGUUGAUUUUUUUUUCUUUUUUUACAUAACGGAUAUUAUAUAUAACUAUAAUGGUAUUUAUUUUACAGUUCAAUUCAUUUAUUUGAUUGAUUCAAAAAUAACUUCUACGAUUUGUUAUUUCCUUGUUUAUUUGAAAAUAUGUUUAUGAAUAAAGAUGUUGUAGAGAUA